AUGGACGAUCUCUUACAACCCGUUAAGAACGUUGGUGUCGAAAAUAUUUAUGCCGUUUUAUACGACACUACAAGGGAAACACGCACUUUGAGAGAUAGGGAAAUGCGCAAAUUAAAAGACAACAUUGACGUGCUGAACCAGGAGAAGGAGAAACACGAUGUUCCAAAGGUAGGACCCACAAAAACCACUAACCGUCAGUAUGAUCGCAUAUUUGGGAUUUGGGUUGAAGGGGUUGAACUUCAUCGUAGUUGUACUGCUGAGCCUACUCAUUCUAGAAUCUUCUGGAAUGUUCGUAAGGAUGUAACUAAAUAUUCAUCUCUUCUUAUGAAAUCUAAUUUAAAUCUUUCAGUUUAUAUGGGAAAUAUUGUUAAUAAAACUUAUACUGGUGUUUAUCAUGGGAAUUUGGUUGAUUUAUAUGGAAAUUCAGCAGAUUUAAAACUACCCAUUUCCAGAAAUUUACCAUUAAAUGAUGGGUUAUGGUUUGAAAUUCAUAAUUCUACUGAUUUUAAAAUGAAGGAAUUGGUAAUCCCUAAGAAUGUUUAUAGAACUGUAUUAGAAAUUUAUGUUUCAUUUCAUGAAAAUGAUGAAUUUUGGUAUACAAAUCUUGAUAAUGAUUAUUUAAUGGCUAAUUUGAGUUUGCCUGGAAAUGGUCCUUUUAGGGAGGUUUUAGUGAAGUUAGAUGAUGAUUUAGUAGGAGUUGUUUGGCCAUUUACUGUGAUUUUUACUGGUGGAAUUAAUCCCCUUCUUUGGAGACCAAUUAUUGCCAUUGGAUCAUUUGAUUUACCCUCUUACGACAUCGAAAUUACUCCGUUUUUGGGUAAAUUGUUGGAUGGAAACCCACACAGAUUCGGGUUUUGUGUUACGAAUUCGCUCUUUUCUGCAUAUUCGGGUUGA